AUAUCAAUAUCUUCUAGGUCUCUAUAUAUAAACGAGACGGCAUAUCUUUCUUCCUCAUAACUUCAAGACUCUCCUCUAAAUCAUUUAUAUAUAAGAAAAUGAAAAUGAUAAUCCAUAUUUUCUUCACCCUCUCUUUGGUUUCAUCCAUCUCUUUUGCCUCAGUUCAAGACUUUUGUGUAGCUGAUCCAAAAGGUCCCCAGAGCCCAUCAGGAUACUCUUGCAAGAACCCUGACCAGGUCACUGAGAAUGACUUCGCAUUCUCCGGUCUCGCCAAAGCUGGAAACACAUCAAAUAUCAUCAAAGCCGCAGUGACUCCAGCUUUUUCCCCUACCUUCGCAGGUAUCAAUGGACUUGGUGUCUCAUUGGCUCGUCUUGACUUAGCCAGUGGUGGUGUCAUUCCUCUUCACACUCAUCCUGGUGCUUCUGAGGUUCUUGUAGUCAUACAGGGAACCAUUUGCGCUGGAUUUAUCUCAUCUGCUAACAAAGUUUACUUGAAGACUCUUGAGAAAGGUGAUUCUAUGGUGUUUCCUCAAGGACUUCUUCAUUUUCAGCUUAACUCUGGGAAGGGUCCUGCCUUGGCCUUUGUUGCCUUUGGAAGCUCCUCUCCAGGGCUCCAGAUUCUAUCGUUUGCUUUGUUUGCAAAUGACUUGCCUUCAGAACUCGUUGAAGCAACUACGUUCCUUAGCGAUGCAGAGGUUAAGAAGCUUAAGGGUGUGCUUGGAGGAACUAAUUAAGCUCCUCUUUCGUUUGUUCUAAGUUUUUUUUUGCGUGUUAAUGUUUUUUAUUCAAGUUUGUCUAGCAUUCUGAUUGUUAUUCUAGUGGUUGUUAUUGUUUUCAAUGUUUCAUUUAUAUAAUCUCUUUGGCUUGAA